AUGCCACCUCGAGCACUCUCACCGCUGCGCCUGCUCGCCCAGCGCCGCUUCGCCUCUUUAACUCCCGACCCGAUCUCGGCCUCUUCUCUGCGUGAUGUCGCUCGCUUCGGUGCUCGCGUCUUGUCGCUAGAUCUUCAGGCUUCCGAAGACUUGAUCUGCCGCCAGCUUCUGUGUGAACACGUAGGCGACGCCUGUGCCUGCCGCUUAGCGCUCGCUCUCGAGCGCGUCCCAAUGCUGCAGCGUCUCGAUCUCUCGCGUAACCGGCUUCGGGCGCUGCCUGAUGCCGUGUACAAACUGCAGCGCCUCGAGUGGCUGGACAUGCGACAGAACAAUCUGACGAUGCUGUCGACAGACGUGGCCAACCUCACGCAGCUACAGGUGCUGGACGUCCGUUAUAAUAAACUCAAGACGCUGCCAGUGGAGCAGCUCGAGACGCUCGAGACGCUCGAGGAGGUGCGUGUGACGGGAAAUUCCGACUUGAUGCGGACAUUUGAGUCACUGAAGAUGUCGGAACGAUUGAGAGCCACGUUUGUGCUGGAGUAG